AUGUUCGCGUCCGUCCGGGCUCCCUCUGUUUCUCUUGCCGCCGCGAACAUCGGGGCCGGCGACGACGCGUCCUCGGACCCGCGGCAGCUGCUCGCCCAGCUGCUCCUGGGCAAGUACUUGAACGAGGACGGGAAGAGCGUGGUGCGAGCGCGGCACGCCCAGCCGGAGGUCCCGAGGCCCGCUCCCGCGAUCCAGAGGCUGUCGCAGAGGGUUAAAAGCCCGGAGCCCGGCGCGGGGAAGCCGGCGCUGCGAUCCGCGCCCGCGCCCGCGCCCGUGCCCGAUCCGCCCGACGUGCUGUCACUCGCGGGAGGGAAAUGCGAGAACUGCCUGGAAGGCGAUUCCGCCAACGACGCAAACUGGUACAAAGCCAUGCAGUUCUGCCGCUACCACGGCAUGCACCUGGCGAGCAUCACAUCGCAGGAGGAAAACGAGCAACUGGAGAAGGUCAUCACGAGCAGAGGUCUUGGCAACGAGCACUUCUGGACUUCCGGGACCGAUCAGGGAGAAGAGGGAGAUUUCUUCUGGCUCAGCACGGGUCAGCCGGUGACGUACACGAACUGGAACGCCGGGGAGCCGAACAACUUCAUCUACGAAAACGGGGAGGAAGAGCACUGCCUCGAACUGUGGAAUCGAGAUGGCAAAGGAUUGAAGUGGAACGACACACCGUGCUCGUUCCAAACGUAUUUCGUGUGCGAGAUCAUGUGAGGCAAGUUUUCCACGUCUGUUCCUGAGAGAUGACGCUUAAAGACCGACAACGAAGGCAUAAAGUAGCUCGCUCAACAAUACCAUAACCUGUCCUAUGGACAGAUCAGGUCCAUUCUCGGUAUGAACUUCGAACUCCCAAUGAAGAAAAAAAAUAUGCAUGCAUUCCCAGGCAUGAAUACAGACAUACACGUAUGGCAUUCGUACAAAUGUGAAACAAAUCCUGACAUACGAUGAACGUUCCUGGAGGGC